AUGCCGUCUGGUGGGGCUGCGUCUCCGCUUGCGGUUGGGGAGCUGGGAGGUAUAGUCAAGGCUUUGCCUAACACGGCUCCGGGACUUGAUGGAGUGAGUGCGCGAAUUGUGAGGAAUGUUUGGAUGGCUGCACCGAGGGAAUUCCACUUGGUGUACGCCAAGUGUGUGGUAGAGGGGGUUUUCCCUUAUGUAUGGAAGGACGGAAGAUUGAUUGUCAUUCCCAAGGGUAAUGACAAGCCGCUCACUGACGCCAAGGCAUACCGUCCGAUAACGCUCCUCCCUGUCUUGGGAAAAGUACUGGAACGAGUAAUGCUGAGAUGUGCUCCUGCGAUUAGUCGCGGGAUAUCUGAGCACCAGCACGGUUUCUCUCCGGGGCGAUCUACAGUAACAGCGCUGCGUGUCUUGCUCAGCACAGCAAGGUAUUCUCGGGCAUGCUACGUACAAGCAAUCUUUUUAGAUAUCUCCGGCGCCUUCGACAACGCCUGGUGGCCGAUGAUGAUGGUCAAAGCGAAACGAGGUGGUUGUCCACCUAACAUUUACAAAAUGCUGGUGGACUACUUCACCUCCAGACGUGUGGGCCUCUACAUCGGUGACCGGGUUGAGUGGAAGACGUCGACCAUGGGAUGUCCUCAAGGCUCUGUGCUGGGCCCAACACUGUGGAAUGUAUUGAUGGACGAUCUCCUCCGACUCCCUCUGCCUGAGGGAGUAACCAUGACUGCCUACGCUGACGACGUUACAAUUCUGAUUGAAUCUGAAACCAGAGCGGGUAUCGAAUCCUUCGUGCGUGCAAUUCUCGUGCGGCUUCGAGCCGCACGAGAUUGA